UUUAAAAUCUUCUUUUUAGUUCUCUUUCUUGCUCAGCUUUAGCGUGCUCCGGGGCAAGGAUGCAGUAGGGGCCUUGCCAGCGGUGCAGAAGCUCACCUGGGGCUGGAGGCCUCUGUGUGGACCCAAUGGGGCAGCCGGUGGCCACACUAGCCCCCUUCCUCUUACUUCUGCUCCCUGCGCAGGGUGCUGAAGCCUGCAGUACCAGCAGGUGCUGUUUUCAGGACCUGCCCUAUCCGGAUGCAGACUCAGGCUCCGCUUCAGGCCCCAGGGACCUGACCUGCUACCGGGUGUUCAGCGCUGGUUACGAAUGCUCCUGGCAGUAUGAGGGUCCUGCAGCCGGGGUCAGCCACUUCCUGAGGUGCUGCCUCAGGCCUGGGCGCUGCUGCUACUUCGCCGCAGGAUCAGCCACCAAGCUGCAGUUCUCCGACCAGGACGGUGUAUCCGUGCUCUAUGCUGUCACGCUCUGGGUGGAAUCCCGGGCCGCGAACCGGACAGAGAAGUCGCCUGAGGUCACCCUGAAGCUUUAUAGCUUGGUUAAAUAUGACCCUCCGCCAGAAGACAUCAAGGUAUCCAGGUCAGCAGGGCAGCUGCGCAUGGAGUGGGAGACCCCAGCCCGCCAGGAUGGGGCUGAAGUGCAGUUCCGGCACCGGACACCUGGCAGCCCUUGGAAGUUGGGUGACUGCGGACAUCAGGCUGAUGCUGGCUUCGAGUCAUGCCUCUGUCCCCUGGAGAUGGAUGCAGCCCAGGAAUUUCAGCUACGGAGGCGGCAGCUCUCGGCGGCAGCUCUGGGAGGUCCCUGGAGUGGCUGGAGCAGCUCUGUGUGCAUCCCCCCUGAAACUACCCCACAGCCUGAGGUGAAUUUCUCGGUGGAGCCCCUUGGCCUGGAUGGGAGAAGGCGGGUGGCCCUGCACUGGCAGCUGCCCCAGUUGGAGGCUCCGGAAGGCUGCCUCAGGCCCAGCUCUGGCAUGGAGGUGACCUACUACAUCCACCUGCACAUGCUGUCCUGUCCGUGCAAGGGCAAGGCCACGAGGAUGCGGCAUCUGAGGAAAGUGCUUAUGCUCUCGGGCGCCGCCUACAACCUGACUGUGGUCUCCUGGAAUCGCUUCGGCCCCGGCUCAAACCAGACGUGGCACAUUCCUGCCCACACCAGCACAGGUGCCUCCUCCGGUGUUUAUCCGACUCGAGUUACUCGGUGCCUCCCUGAAUUUCCUGCCUGCCAAGUGCCUCACUGGCCUUACCCUGACGGUAGCCCUGCUGCGCACCCAGUGGCCCUGGGAGGGCAGGUCUGCUACAAGGACACAAUUUUCAGAGAUGAGAUACCUGAGGCUCAGAAAGAACCAGGAGCUCUGAGCGUCAGGACUGGAGUGGCUGGGACCACUAUGCAGUGGCCAGCCCGAGCCCAGGGCCUGACAUACUGCAUUGAAUGGCAACCUCGGGGCUGGGACGGAAGCCUCGCUGCCUGCACCCUGAUCACACCCCGGGACUGGAACCCUGCUGGCAUGGCAUCCCAUACCUGGAGCCAAGCAGCUGGGGCAAUGGGGCAGAAGACGUGUUAUCACGUCAUGAUCUUCGCCUCUGCACAUCCGGAGAAGCCCACCUCAUGGUCCACAGUCUU